CACAUGUGACAUUGACAUUCUUCUUUUCUCCUUGCACAAUGUUUUGAUUCUUGAUUUGUAAUGCAAAGAAAAGUAAAAAUUACACUUAUAGCUAUUUGCUAACAUUAAUGUUACAAAAGAAAGACUAAAAUCACACAAAAGUAUUAUGGCGCUUUCUAAGAACGCCCGUUAUGUGGUAUUUCUUGGCAGUUUUGUGGGACUACUAGGCCUCACUUUAUAUCCUGUUGCUAUCAGUCCUAUGAUGGAUUCUUCGGAAUACAAGAAAAUGCAAAAAAUCAAUAGGAGAAAUAUUAGGCAAGAGGAUAUUCAACCAGGAAAUAUGAAAGUGUGGUCAGAUCCCUUUGAUCGUAAGAAGCCUGAAGAAAAAUAGAAUAUUAAAUACAUGAAUUU